GAGUUUUUAUAUCUCUGGGCUCACUAACUCAUCAGGUAGGGGGAAAAGCAGUGAGAUCUUCCUAAUGUUCAAACCGAGAGUUCAUAAGGAUGACCGACAUCAGCAGAAGAAAUCUUGAGGUCGGCUUGACACAGAAAGAAAACGUCAGGCUUUUUAAUGUGGGCAGCUGCAGAUGACAGUGUUUCUUGAAGAUGUCAAUUUUGGAGCAGGUGCUUCCUUCCAGGAUGCUGCUUCCCAGUGUAACCUUAGCUGUCUGUCUUCUCCUGACCUCGUCAAGUGCUCAGAGAACUGCCCAGCCCUGCAUUUUUUCAGAGCUCCAACCAUCUGGGCUGAGUGUCAACUGCAGCUCUUUAAACCUCAUGGAUUUGCCUCAUCUGCCUUCAGAAACCACAGAACUGUAUGUGCAGAACAACCAGCUCACCUCAGUGCCUCCAGGUCAGUUUGACCGAUUGGUUAACCUAAAAAAGGUGUCCCUCUCCCCAAAUCCGUUCCGCUGUGACUGUAGCAUCCAGUACCUGAGGGACUGGAUGCUGAAGAACAGGGCUAUUAUCUCAGAGGAGCCUUUGUGUUUCAGUCCAGGCUCUGUAGGUCAGAAAGCCAUAAUUGGCCUGAGUGAUGGCUACUUCUCCUACUGCACCGUUCUCUUCAUACAUCACAUGUCCACCUCAGGCUGUAUUUAUGUUUCCCACAACACCACUGCAGCAGUGAUGCUGUGCUGCAUUAUUUUUCUGCUUUUGUGGAGUUUGAAACUCGCCAGAAGAUCUACUUUCACGCUGUACGUGGAAGAGAGACAUUCAGGAUUCGAGGCGGACUCUCUGCGCUCACUGAAGCCCAAACACAGGAGGAGACUGCACACAGGACUGUCAGUGGUCAGUACCGACUCCGAUUCUCUCACUUUGUUAGAUGACUUGGAAAGGCCACUCGACAACAUGGAGUUACUCCCACAAGUGCUAGAAACGUUACAGAAGAAGCACAACAUAAAGAUAAAGGUCCCUUAAUGUAUUUUAAUUUGUACUCCAGCAAAACAACAAACAAGUAAGAAGAAGGAAGUGAGGCUGAGUGGUUAGAAAAAAUGCUAAAUGGAUUUUUAUACAUGUUUUUCAUUAUAGACUGCACCAAUCAUUUUACAAGAAAGUAAACAUAUGUGAGUUUUGUUUAUUUGUUUUUAUAAUUUACAGUCCAACCUAAUUUUGUUUAAAUAAAUUUGAUACAUUUAAAAUAC